AUGUCGCCGACGACGCCGACGGACUUUGGCACCUUUCCCCCGCCCCUUACCCGCUCCUCCACACUCCCUGUCGGCUCCAGCACCGGUGGCACGAACAGCACCAACAACAGCAAUACUCACAUCGCGCGCCAAGACCGAUCGCGCCUCGCCCCCGAAGAUGCCUUCCUGGCAACCUCACCGCCGCGUCGAAGCGUCCCUUCGUUCUCCGAUGCCUCGACCGGACUAGAUCACCGCGUCGCGCGCGCCCACCUCCGACACGGCGCCGUUGCCGGCGACCGCUCCCGUUCCCGCCGCAGUCGCAAGCGGACCUGGAAGAAGUUGAUGUGGGUGAAGCAGAGCUACCCCGACAACUACACCGACCAGGACACCUUCCUCGAGAGCCUGCAGCGCAACCCGCGCCUACAGCCCUACGACUUCUGGCCCCUCGUCGCCGAUUCCACUGUCAUCGUCCAGCACGCCUGCUCGGUCAUCGUUUUCAUCGUCUUCUUCGUCCUCAUACAGCAGAAGCGCGUGUCGCCCGUGUCGUUCGUGUCCUUCGGCAGCUUGGUCACUUUUCUCGGCUGGCUGCUCUGGGAGCGCUGGGAGGCCGACGAGGAGCGCAAGGACCUGAGUGGCUCGGCCGGCAGCGCGACGGCGGCCGGGCGGCGGGAACCGAGUCGGAGGACUGGUGGCGUGCGACGCCCGCCGCCGCACGUCGACGACGCCUCGGCCGUCACGACGGCCACGAGUUCCGUGACCAACCUCUCAGCCGGCGCCGAGCGUCCGGCGCGACACUCCCACUCCGCCUCGGCGAGCUCCCUCGUCUCCACGACGUCGACGACCUCGCAGCCCGCCCACCGCCGUCACAGCCAGGAGGUCACGGGUCACCCCCCACCGCGUCGGUCCUCAUUCCCCCUCCCCGGCGAUGACAACAGCCGUCUCAACCAACGCCUCAGCACCGUCAAGAGCGCCAUCCUCAUCUACUCGACCCUCCUCGGCCUAUCGCCCAUCCUCAAGUCCCUGACGAAAUCGACCUCCCAAGACAGCAUCUGGGCCAUGUCCUUCUGGCUCCUGACCAUUAACAUAUUCUUCUUCGAUUACUCGGGCGGCGUGCGCGUCAGCAUCCCCGCCUCGCUGUCGACCAACGCCGCACUCAUGGCCUCGACGGUGCUCGCGAGCCAGCUGCCGUCGACCGGCCAGGUCUUCAGCCUCACGCUCUUCAGCAUCGAGGUCUUUGGCCUGUUCCCCGUGUUCCGGCGUUACGCGCGGCAUCAGAGCCGGGCCUACCACCACGCCAUGACGGUCUUCCUUGUCCUCGGCGCCGGCGCGGGGGUAGGCAUGAUCGUGGGCGACGACGGGAGCGCCUGCUGCUGGCCGUGGAAGAGCGUCGUCGCGGGCAUGGUUGUGAGCGUACUGAUUGCGGCCAUCGCGAUGGGCGGCUGCAGCUGGUGGCUGAUUGGGUUGCAAAAGUACAAGAACGAGAUUUACGGCCCGUGGGACCCAGCGAGGCCGAUCAUCAUGUCCCGACGGGCCUGGGACGAUGAAUGA